AUGCCUUUCUUUGGUAUUGUGCUGCUACUCGCCAUGGCCUAUCCUGCCACCUCAUGCAAUGAGCAGGAGAAGAGCUCCCUACUCCAGUUCCUUACUGAACUAUCACAUGAAGAUGGUGUCGCCAUGUCCUGGCAGGAUGGCACGGACUGCUGCAAGUGGGAAGGCAUCACCUGCAAUGAAAGUGAAGCAGUUAUUGAGAUCUCUCUGGCAUCUAGAAGCCUAGAAGGCAGCAUCUCACCGUCCCUUAGCAAGCUCAAUGACUUGUUGAGGCUCAAUCUGUCAUACAACUCACUGUCUGGUAGCCUGCCAUCAGGACUAAUAAUGUCGUCUGGCAACAUCACUGUUCUUGAUGUGAGUUUCAACCGUCUCAGUGGCAACCUGCAAGAGCCUCUUCUGUCAAUCACAGAGCAUCCAUUGCAAGUACUCAACAUCUCAAGCAACAUGUUUACAGGAGAAUUCCCAUCCACAAUUUGGGAGAAAACAAGAAAUCUUAUUGCUAUCAAUGCAAGCAACAAUAGUUUUCAAGGAUGUAUACCAUCUUGUUUCUGCAUCAGCUCAUCAUCCUUUUCAGUGCUUGACCUUUCCUUCAACCAAUUCAGUGGCAGCUUUCCAGCUGGUUUAGGUAAAUGCUCUGAACUUAGAAUAGUCAAGGAUGGCCACAACCGCCUCAGUGGAUCCCUCUCAGAAGAGUUCUUCAACGCUACAUCAUUAGAGCACCUCUGUUUCCCAAACAAUGGUUUGCAUGGAUUACUUAAUGGUGCACACAUAUUGAAGCUUAGAAAUCUGGCUAACCUUGAUCUUGGAGGUAAUAUGCUAAAUGGCAAGAUUCCAGAGUCUAUAGGCCAGCUCAAGAGGCUGUUGGAGCUCCAUUUGAACAACAAUAACAUGUCUGGGGAGUUGCCAUCAGCUCUAAGCAAUUGCACAAAUAUCAUAAUGAUUGAUCUCAAGAGCAACAACUUUAGUGGAAAGCUUCAGAAAAUCAACUUCUUCAACCUGCCCAAUCUACAAGCAUUAGAUCUUCUGUACAACAACCUCACUGGCACAAUUCCAGAAAGCAUAUACUCAUGCAACAACCUAAUUGCAUUGCGGCUAUCCAGCAACAACUUACAUGGGCAGCUUUCACCGAGAAUAAGCAAUUUGAAAUCUCUUGUUUUCAUAUCACUUGGUGCCAACAAUUUUACAAAUAUUACUAAUACGCUUCAUAUCCUGAAGGACUGUAGGAAUCCACCACCCUACUUAUCGGGACCAGCUUCAAGGGAGAUUGUUCAGUUGAAAUCGCUUCAGAAGCUCAUUUUCAGCUUCAACGGCUUGUCAGGAGAGAUUCCACAGCAGCUCAGCAAGCUUACAAAUCUGCAAGUGCUAGACUUGUCUAGCAACCAUUUAACAGGUGCAAUCCCAUCAGCACUGAGCAACUUGCACUUCCUCUCUGAAUUCAAUGUUUCUCAUAAUGACCUGGAAGGGCCUAUUCCGAGUGGAGGCCAGCUUAGUACAUUUCCAAGUUCUAGCUUUGAUGGGAACCCAAAGUUGUGCGGGAUUAUAGUUGCUAAACUCUGUGGCUCAGUUGAAGCACCUACAGUCUCUGUUCUGUCCACAGAAAAAAUGGACAAAAGGAUCGCCCUUGUGAUUGCUUUUGGGCCUUUCUUUGGUGUAGGGGUGCUAUAUGAUCAAAUAGUUUUGUCAAGGUAUUUUGGUUAG